UCUUUUUGUGAUGUUGAUCGUAACCCUUGGUUCAACCGAGUCUAUUCCAUUUGUUCUUCGUCAACUAAACCCCUUCACUCCGUCUGGUCGAAUAGUUGGAGGAUCAGAUGUUUCAAUAAAAGAAGUACCCUACCAAGUAGCUUUGGAAGUAAAUUACAACGCAUUUUGUGGAGGAAGCAUAAUCGAUGAAUAUUGGGUCAUCACUGCGGGUCACUGCAUCCUCUAUCCUGAAUAUAUGGUCACUAUAAGAGCAGGUUCUGAACAAAAGGGAACUGGAGGAUCUAGUCACAAAGUGGAAAAAAUAAUAAAACACGAAGGGUAUCAAGUUAAUAGAUUCGGAAUACCAUUUAAUGACCUGGCUCUCAUCAAAGUGGAAACACCAUUUAAGUUAGAUGGCACUCGUCAACCGAUUCCUCUCUUUGAAAGAGAAGAAGCAGCUGUUGUUGGUACACUAGCCACCAUCACUGGCUGGGGAGCUUUAAAAGAAUAUGGACGAUAUCCCGAAGUUUUGCAAACUACUUGCAUUCCUAUUGUUUCAAAAAAAGUAUGUAAUCGUGCAUAUCGUAAUCUUGGGGGAGUCCCCCCAACCCAAAUUUGUGCUGCACUUCCUAUUGGUGGGAAAGAUGCUUGUCAAGGCGAUUCAGGUGGGCCACUUGCUAUUAAUGGGAGAUUAGCUGGAAUCGUCUCUUGGGGUAAUGGAUGUGCGAAAGCCGGAUUUCCAGGUGCCUAUACGUCAAUUGCUGCUUAUAGGAAUUGGAUAGAUAAGAACUUAGGGCUCAAUUUCGAUAAUUGCAUUUGACAUUAGUGGUUGAAAAUCACAAUUUUAUGACUAUUAUUUUCAUUAGAUGGAAUUUUAGAUUAAUUC